AUGUCGAAAGCUUCACCUUCCUCUUUUCGGAGAUCAUCAUUCAAUAAACAAGAAUGGGAACAGAAAUUGAAAGAAGUAAAAAUUAGUAGAAGCGAAAUGAAUGAAAUUGUGUUAAAUUAUUUAAUUGUAGAAGGAUAUGAAGAAGCGGCUCAGAUAUUUCAACAAGAAACCAAUCUCGACAACAAGCCUUCUAAUCUUUGUAGUAUUAAUGAACGAGUCGGAAUUCGGAAAAAGAUGAUCAAUGGAGAUAUAGCAGGAGCCAUUGAACAAGUGAAUGAUUUAAAUCCAAAUAUUCUAGAUUCCAACCCUAAACUGUAUUUUAAACUUCAGCAACAACAAUUAAUAGAAUUGAUAAAAGAUGGAAAAAUUGAUGAGGCUCUUCAAUUUGCUCAGGAAGAGCUGGCUCCUCUGGUUGGAGAUAAUACUGAAUUCUUGCAAGAAAUCGAAAAAGCGAUGAGCUUGUUGGCAUUUGAAAAUAAUGAGCAAAGUCCUUUUGCGAAUUUGCUGACAAGUGGUCAACGACAAAAGACAGCAUCAGAACUCAACUCUGCAAUAUUAAGCGCACAGCAUGAAGAAACCGAGCCACAAUUGCAGAAAUUAUUGCGAAAAUUAAUAUUUGGACAAACUCGGCUACAAGAAAAGGUAUCCUAUCCAAAAAUCGUAGACAUUUUGAAGGCAGAGUUUGAACAAACAGAAUCAACAUCCAAUAGUCAAAAUCUAUCCUCACAGGAAGAAUCAUUAUCAGACGAGAUGGAAGAAGACUAA